AUGGCCUCUAUUCGCGUUCUUUCCUUCGAUGCUGAGGGCCGUCCCGUGCAGUUCACUUCCUGGCUCGACGACCUGCAGUUGUAUCUUAUGAGCAAUAGCACGGACCACAUCUCCCUCUAUGACUAUGCGUCUGGUGCUGCCGCUGCUCCUGCUGCCACAGCCGAGCUUAGUGUUCGUUCCCACUGGCAGACUCGUGACGCAGCUGCUCGCCUAGCCAUUCGCAGUCACCUGCCGCUAGCUGAGCUCGAGCAUUUUGGCGACUGCAAAUCCGCUAAGGCCCUGUACGAUGCUGUCGUUGCUCGCUACUCCUCGCCUGCCACAGCCGAGCUUAGCCGCCUCAUGCUGCCGUACCUGUUCCCCGAUCUGUCCACCUUUGCUACAGUCGCCGAUCUUAUCACCCACCUUCGCACUAGUGAUGCUCGCCUGCGUGCCGCCCUUCCCACCGAGUUCUGCGCUAAGAACCCCCCUCCACUGUACUGGACACUCCACUUCAUAGUCACCCGUCUCCCUGACACCCUCAGCUCAGUUCGAGACCACUUCCUUGCUCGCUGUCCCACUGAGCUCACAGUCACCCUCCUAGAGGAGCAGCUGCUCGCGGCCGAAAAGAGCAUUGUAGCUGUCGGUGCUGCUCGUGGCGCUCCUCGCACCCCCAUCUUUGAGGGGUGUUCUCCCUCUCCCCUCGCUCCCUCCUACGCUGCUGCUGCUGCUGUUGACUUCCUUGGUGCUGAGUCUGUUGGCGCUGCUUCUACUCCUGGUGGGAGGCGCCGCACCGGCAAGGGCAAGGGGGGCAAGGGUGGUGGUGGUGGCGCUGGGGGGGGAGGAGGUGGGGGAGGUGGGGGGGGAGGCGGUGCUGGAGGGAGCGGUGGCGGGAGCGCUGGUGGGAGUGGGGUCGGUGGUGGAGGCGGGGGCGGCGGCGGAAGCAGUGGCAGUAGUGGCGGCGGCGGCGGUGGCGGCGGUGGCGGUGGUGGCGGUGGUGGCGGUGGCGGUCGUAGCGGUGGUAGUGGUGGCGGCGGAGGUCGGAGUGGAGGCACUGGCUCGGGCCAGAGCUCCCAGCAGCAGCAGCGUCCCCAGACGACCCAGCAGCUUCGUGAGUGGCUUGCUCAGCGUGGGACGUCGGGGGGCAGUGGCCGCUGUUCUUAUGUCAUUCGCACAGGUGACCGCAAGGGACAGACGUGUGGGAGGUUCCACACCCCGUACCGCUGCUUCUCCCGCCUUGACGACGCUUGGCGUGAGGAGAUGGGUGCGGAUGUUGAGCGCCCCCGCUGGGCUGAGCUCAUGAGGGCUGGUGUUGAUGUCUUUGCUCUUGACUUUGAUGCUAUUAUUGCUGCCAUGUAUGCAUUGACUGUUAGUGCCGAGGGAGACUGUUACUUGUGUGUGCCGCCUGACCCAGGUAUAGAGCCCGCUGCCCUGGGUACUAGUGAGUCUGCUCUCUCUGGUAUGGUGCCCCCUGUACUUGCUCCCUCCAGUGCUGUCCCGGCUGUUUUCGAGUCUGCUCUCUCAGGUACAGCACCCACACAGACUGCUCUCUCAGGUACCGCACCGGCUGAGGCCUGUCACACCUUCACCCUUGACUCAGGUGCUUCCCGUUGCUUCUUUCGUGACAGUACUGAGCUCACACCGCUUCCUGCACCGGUCCCAGUCUCCUUGGCUGACCCCUCUGGGGGCCCAGUCCUUGCCCAGUCCACCACUGUCCUCCCUUGUCCGGCGGCUCCGUCUGGCUCGUUGUCGGGUUUCCACCUCCCCUCGUUCUCGACGAACCUGGUGAGCAACGCUGUCCUCCAGGAUCAGUGGGUUGACACCUUUACCCCUGGAGGACAGCGUGUGGCGAUCUGCACGUGCUCCAGGACCGGCCGUCACCUGGCUACGUUUACCCGUCGGCCGGGGUCGAGUCUCUACACACUGACCACUGCGUCUCCUCAGGUCGCUGCUGUCGGUCAGGUGUCUGCGUCAGGUCUGGUAGGCCACGCCUGUGAGUGUCGUUCCCUGUCGCACCAGACUCUUCUCUGGCACCACCGCCUGGGUCACCCCUCCUUGCCACGCCUUCGUGGCAUGCACCGUCGCCACCUUGUGUCUGGUCUUCCCAGGUCCCUCCCUCCCCUCCCUGCCUCUCCUGCGCCGCCUUGCCUUCCUUGCGUCGAGGGGCGGCAGCGCGCCGCUCCUCACUCCUCCUCGUUCCCCCCGACAGAGGCUCCUCUGCAGACCCUCCACCUGGACGUGUGGGGCCCAGCCCGCGUUCGUGGUCAGGGCGGUGAGCGGUACUUUUUGCUGGUUGUCGACGACUACUCGCGUUACACCACGGUCUUCCCCUUGCGCACCAAGGGUGAGGUCCCUGCUGUUCUGAUCCCUUGGAUCCGCACAGUUCGUCUCCAGCUCCGCCGCCGUUUCCGGACGGAUCUUCCUGUCCUGCGUCUGCACUCUGACAGAGGUGGUGAGUUCUCCUCCGAUCUCUUGAGGACCUUCUGUCAGGCGGAGGGCAUCGAGCAGACCUUCACGCUUCCGGACUCCCCACAGCAGAAUGGGGUUGCUGAGCGCCGCAUUGGUCUGGUCAUGGAGGUCGCUCGUACCUCCUUGGUCCACGCGGCGGCUCCCCAUUUUCUGUGGCCGUUUGCUGUCCGGUACGCCGCGCAUCAGCUCAACCUCUGGCCCCGUGUCUCCUUGCCGGAGACCUCGCCCACACUGCGUUGGACGGGGGAGGUUGGCGAUGCGUCGCGCUUCCGGGUGUGGGGUGCUCGUGCCCUUUUUUCGCGAUACUUUUACCACCCCACCUCGCGCCGGGUCUUCGCCUCUCAGGAUGUCACCUUUGACGAGUCGGUCCCUUUUUACCGUCUCUUCCCCUACCGCACUGCCCCCCUCCCUCCCCCGCCGCUUUUCCUUGCUCCUGGUCCCCCUCCGGUAGACCCCCUUCCCCCUCAGGGUCCUGCUCCUUCAGGUGUCUCUCAGGUAGACCCUCCUCCCGUCGCUGAGCCUGUCGAGGUCACAGGUGACUCAGGUGCUGCUGCAGGUGGUACUGCUGGGAGUGCUGAGCCUGGGGGUGCUGAGCCUGCGGGUGCUGGGCCUGGGAGUGCUGGGACUGCGGGUGCUGGAGCUGAGGGUACUGUGCCUGAGAGUUUGCCGCCUGGGGGUGCUGAGCCUGGGGGUGCUGCGACUGGGGGUGCUGAGCCUGCGUGUGCGGAGUCUGGGGGUACUGAGUCUGGGGGUGCUGAGCCUGCGAGUACUGAGGCUGCGGGUACUGCGCCUGGGGGUGCUGCUACUGAGCCUACGGAGCCUCGGGUUACUGUGUCUGGGGGUGCUCCGGUUCGGGGUGCUGAGCAGUCUCUCACACCGCAGCAGCUUCGUGACUGGUACGUCCGGCGCUUUCGCCGUCCUAGUGGCUCGGCUGGAGUUGGGGGUGCUGGGGCUGCUCGUCCUGGGGGUGCUCGUACUGGGGGUACUAGAGCUGCCGGGACUGGUUGUUCUGGGAGCACUGCGACUGGAGCUGCUGGAGCUGGGGACCCUGGCGCUGGCGGUGCUAGCGGAGUUGGAGCUGCCGACUCUGGGGGUGGCGCUGCUGCUGGUGCUGCGGACCCGCCUGGUGGAGCUGCUGCUGGAGCUGAGGACCUGAGCGGUGGCGCUGCUGCUGGUGCUGGGGACCCGGCCGUUGGAGCUCCUGCUGGUCCUGAGGACCCGGCCGCUGGAGUCUCUUCUGCUUCUGGAGACGCUGCGCGGCCGCGACCGUACUUCGUACCGCUCCUUCAGCAGGUUCUUGGGCAGGCUCCUCCUCCUUGUCCUCCUCCCUCCGUAGAGUGUCCUCCGCCUGUCCAGCCGCAGUCACAGUUACCGCCUGCCUCGCCUCUCCCUGCUCCCUCUCCUUACAUUGGUCCCACAGGAGGUCUUACAGAGCGUCGUGAGCCUGAGUCUCGUCCUGCGUCGCCUGUUCGUCCUGCUCGCGCUGGUAGUCGUGUCCGUCGUGAGCGUCCUCCUCCUUCUGACCGGUAUCGCGCUGAGCACCCUACAGUCACGCGUCUCCUAGCUACUGUUGUCACUGACCCUACCUUUGAGUCCUCGGCUGCGUCUGCUCUGGUCGCUGAGUUGGUUGCCUUUGCUGCUGCCUGUCGUCUAGACUACGCUGCUAGCCUUGUUGCUGAGCCUGCGUCUGCGUCUGUCUGUCCUCCAUCCGUCGGGGGUGAGUGUGCUCUUGGCACGGACGUCCUUGAGGACAGGCAGGAGGACUUUGACUCUCUUGCGGCUGCUGUACCUCAUCUCGUGGCCUGGUUGCUUGCCCCUGAGGGAGACCCGGAUGCACUAGACAUCCCCACUCCGCGCACUUACGCAGAGGCGAUCUCGGGUCCCUACUCCUCUCAGUGGCAGACAGCCAUGGACGCAGAGAUGGCAUCCUGGAAGUCCACAGGCACCUACGUCGACGAGGUUCCCCCUCCUGGGGCAAACAUCGUCGAUGGCAUGUGGAUUUUCAGGGUGAAGCGGCCGCCAGGUUCUCCGCCUGUCUUCAAGGCUCGUUACGUUGCUAGAGGCUUCAGUCAGCGUCAGGGGGUCGACUUCUUCCAGACCUUCUCCCCCACCCCGAAGAUGACCACUCUUCGGGUUCUGCUGCACGUUGCUGCUCAGCGUGACUACGAGCUUCACUCUCUUGACUUCAGCACAGCGUUCCUGCAGGGCAGCCUGCACGAGGAGAUCUGGCUGCGCCGCCCACCUGGCUUCACUGGGUCGUUUCCUCCUGGUACCCAGUGGAGCCUCCGCCGGCCAGUCUACGGUCUCCGCCAGGCACCACGUGAGUGGCACGACACACUGAGGACUACACUUGCAGCUCUUGGGUUCGCGCCGUCUACUGCUGACCCGUCGCUGUUUCUACGCACAGACACGUCGCUACCGCCGUUCUACAUUCUCGUGUACGUCGACGACUUGGUCUUUGCUACUGCUGACACUGAGGCACUCGCUCGUGUGAAGUCGGAGCUGCAGAAGAGACACACCUGCACUGACCUGGGUGAACUGCGUAGCUACCUUGGCUUGCAGAUCACCCGGGACAGAGCUCGCCGCACCAUCACCCUGACUCAGUCACACAUGGUGCAGCAGGUCCUUCAGCGCUUCGGCUUCCAGUUCUCCUCACCACAGGCCACACCUCUGGCUACCAGCCACUCGCUCUCAGCUCCACCUUCGGACGAGUCCGUAGAGCCGAGUGGCCCGUACCCAGAGCUUGUAGGCUGCCUCAUGUACCUGAUGACUUGCACGCGACCUGACCUCGCGUACCCUCUUAGCAUCCUUGCUCGUUACGUUGCGCCUGGGAGACACAGGCGAGAGCACUGGGAGGCGGCUAAGAGGGUGCUGCGUUACUUGUGCAGUACAUCAGGCAUGGGGCUGGUGCUUGGAGGACACGACAGAGUUGUCCUCACUGGUCACUCGGACGCUUCUUGGGUGGACGACCUGGCUACGCAACGGUCGUCACAGGGUUACACCUUCAGCCUUGGCUCUGGUUCUGUCUCGUGGCGGUCCACCCGCUCUUCCUCUGUUCUCGGCUCUAGUUGUGAGGCUGAGAUCUACGCCACAGCCAUGGCUGCACAGGAGUUACGCUGGCUCACCUACCUGCUGACUGACUUGGGAGAGCGGCCUAGUUCUCCUCCAGUUCUGUACGGUGACAACAAGGCGGCUCUUGCCUUGUGUCAGGAGCACAGACUGGAGCAUAGGACGAAGCACAUUGCUCUUCGCUACUUUCUUGCUCGAGAGCUUCAGCAGCGCGGUCAGCUUCGGCUUGUGUACGUGGACUCGAAGGCCAACACUGCUGAUAUCUUCACCAAGGCGCUCCCGCCUAGUGAUCAUCAGCGGCACUGUACUUCUUUAGGCCUUGUGUCCACGUUUCCUCACUUGCUCACUGCUUGA